UAACUAUGGGCCUCAAGUUCAGUAUGAACCCCAAGGACCACAGAUGCCACAACAGCAUGAAUCCCAAAGAGCCGGAGGAAGACCAAGAAGAAUGAUGGAAGAUUCCCUGUAUGAGAACCAAGGACAAAGAAAUGACGGAACUCGACCGAAGUCCUAUCAGAAGACCAGGUCACAAUCCAUGGGAAGACCUUCUUAUGACAAACAGGUUUCACAGACAUCUGACAAGGACACCCUGGAUAUUUGUACUUUUUUCUUAAAAGGGAAGUGUUGGUAUGGCGACAACUGCAUGAGACAUCACAAGGACAUGAUAUACCAGUGGCAGUGUCGGAAGAAACAAGGAAAAGCUGACUGUCGGCAAGAAUGGAAGGAUUUUGAUGAGGAAACUAACACCAACAUAGAAAGGAACUUUUGUCAGCCAGACAAAAUUGAAUUUGAUGGAGUUAUUAAAAUCAGCUUCACUGAUGACCCUAUGACAGGAAGUGGGCAGGACGCUGAAAUGGACAUUCGUCGACUGUCCACCCUAUCAUCUGAGGAUCCGAGUGCAACACCCGUGGUUCACAAGUGGAUAACAGACUGGAAGUGGUAUUGGGAGAAUCAGUUUGGAAAAUGGACAGAGUAUGGAGUAAAGGAUGUUUAUGGUUUCACCUCAACUAUGGACAGUGAGGCCUUCGAGAAGGAGUAUUUAGCUGAUCCCAAGGGAUCUAUUGACUUCAAUACAGUUGAGUACAGCUACAACCUCAACUUCUCCACAAUGACACAGGGGAACACACAGGCCAAGACAGUACGGAAUGUCAGAAGGCGGCCAUAUUUCUACACGAAGGGAGACUUGAAAAACAGGAACGUGGCAACAUCCUCUGACAGUGUCGAAGUGCCGGAUGUAUGGAGCUGCAAGACGUUCAAGUCAACCAAACAACUUUUCGCUCAUUUUAGCCGUCCCGAUGUUGAUGACACCACAGAAGAAUACAAAAAAGUAAAAGAUCUUUUCUACAAAACUCUCCCAAGCAGCAGAGUGAUCAAAUCAAUCAAGCGCAUUGAAAAUGGAGAAUUGUGGGCUAAUUACUAUGUGAGAAAAGGCCAAAUGACAAUCAAGGCGGGAAAACCUGUGAAGGAAAUGAGCCUGUUUCAUGGAACUUUGGAACAAUACAUCGAUCCCAUCUGCCACCAGGGCUUUGACUCCCGAUUUAGCGGAAAAACAUCUGGCACGAAGUAUGGACACGGAAGCUAUUUUGCAAGAGAUGCAAAAUAUUCUGACUGUUACACUGAAAAAACAGAAUCACAAAAGAAAAUGUUUGUCGCGAAAGUUCUUGUUGGAGAAAGUGCAAGAGGAAGUCCUGAUUAUGUGCGUCCUCCUCCCAAAAGUGCACAGAAUGUGUACGAGCUGUACGACUCUUGUGUGAAUCAUCCGUCAGAUCCUUCCAUCUUUGUUAUCUUCUCACCGGAACAGUCAUACCCAGAAUAUCUCAUAUCCUACGAUUGAGAAUGUUCUGUAUCUUGAAGAACUUUAGCAGAUAAUGCUUCUUUCAGUAGAUAUUUGUCUCGACCUGCUCGGCAGUGAAUAUUCAGACUCAAAUCUUCGUAUUUGGUAAAAAUUGCCCAAUUUGCCAAGUCAUAUGGUUUUGGCAGGGAUUUUCCUAGACUUUAGAAGAGGCUGACAUUUCCCAAAGUCUUCUGUAAAGAUUCCCACAUUGAAUUAAUAAUUCCCUCAUUCAUAAGAAUUUGUUUAGUUGUUACAACAAUAACAUUUUUAAACAUGACUGUGAUUUCCAAGAUAUUU